AUGACUGAAGUUCUUGUUUUGAGAGGUACCUUGGAAGGCCACAACGGCUGGGUCACUCGUUUGGUCACCACCCCAUCUAACCCAGAUCUCUUGCUCUCUGCUUCCAGAGACAAGACCCUGAUCACCUGGCAAUUGACCCGUGACGAGCAAUCGUACGGUUACCCAAAGAGAGCCUUGAAGGGUCACUCCCACAUCGUUUCCGAUGCUGUCAUCUCUCCUGAUGGAGCUUUUGCCAUCUCCUCUUCCUGGGACAAGACUUUGCGUCUCUGGAAGUUGGAGACCGGUGAGUCUGUCUCCAGAUUCGUCGGCCACGAAGGUGACGUUCUGUCCGUGUCCAUCUCAUCCAACUCUAGACACAUCGUCUCUGGUUCCAGAGACAAGACCAUCAAGGUUUGGAACACCGUUGGUGACUGUGUUCACACCUUGAAAUCUCACAACGACUGGGUCUCCACCGUUAAGUUCUUCCCAACCUCCGAGUCCACUAACUUCUUGUCUGUUGGCUGGGACAAGGUUGUCAAGGUAUGUUUUUCUCCUUCUAACUAUUCCAAGGGACUCGCUCAAAGAUUCGAUUUCCUCCAAAGGUUCCGCUUCUAG